UGAUCGCGGAGAACAUCCACUUCCGGUAUUAGGACUCGUUGCCCUGAGUGAGCGCUUACUGCCGAGCAAUCUGGUUGAUUUAAGGGUCACUGCUAUCUAUUGCACGUUACAACAACACGCUCGUCGUGUAGCAGCUGCGAUGCGGCAUCUUAAAAGGAUAUUAGACGCAUAUGUUGUUUUACAGUCCGCGUUUGUGCUGUCGUGCUGCUUCGUCGAGUCGGAGCCCGGGCCUGGUGCGGGGAAUGGAGACCGCUUCAAGAUCGAGGGCCGUGCGAUUGUCUCAGGUGUUAAAGCGCAGGACUGGGUCUCUUCAGCCCGGGUCCUGGUAGAGGGCGGCGAGUAUAUCGGAUUUCUCAGGACCGAUGGGAGUUUCGUGGUGCAUGAUGUUCCAUCUGGAUCCUAUGUAGUUGAAAUCAUGUCUCCAUCUUACAAAUUCGAGCCAGCCCGAGUGGACAUCACAUCUAAAGGCAAAAUGAGAGCCCGUAUGGUGAACUACAUCAAGACCUCAGAGGUAGUCCGACAGCCGUAUCCCCUCCAGAUGAGAGCCAGUGGACCACAUUCAUACUUUAUGAAGCGAGAGACGUGGGGGUGGACAGAUUUCCUCAUGAAUCCGAUGGUCAUGAUGAUGGUACUUCCCUUACUAAUCAUCGUUCUUCUUCCAAAAGUGUUCAACACCAACGACCCUGAAAUGAGAAAGGAGAUGGAGCAGUCCAUGAACAUGCUGAACCCUAAUCCAGAGUUGCCAGAUGUCUCAGAAUUCAUGACCAAGCUCUUCUCAAAGGGAUCCAGCAAGCCAGGGGGAAGCAACAAAGGCAGCAGGAACGCAGCAUUGAAAAGGAGGUAGUGCUGCUAACGAAGACUGGGGUGUUUUUUUUUGUUGUUGUUGUUGUGGUUUUUUGUUUAUUUUUUAAUUAUUUUUGUGACAAAUUGUUUUGUGGCCCAUUUUUCAUUUCUCACAAUAAAACUAACUAACUGUAACUGAUAAGUUUGACCUUGACUUGGCAGGGCUGUAUAUUAUGUACACAUUUUCUUUCUUUCCUUCUUUUUUUUUUUUUUUUUU